UGUGUGUGUGUGUGUGCAGGCACCUGCUGGAGAAGGAGGCUCGGAGCGGAGAAGGACUUUCGCAGCCCCGCGCGUAGCCAUGGAUACGCUCCUACCGAGCGGCAAUAUAUUUCGAGAGCUGCAGGACAUACACGACACCGGAUACUUCUCGGCCCAGCCGUCGCUCGAGGAUCACUGGCAACAGACAUGCUACGAGAUGGAGAGGUACCUGAAGGACGAGCCGAAGCUACAAUCGUACAAAAAACUCCCCACGGAAUUGGACACAGCGCCCUGGAACCUCUUCAGGGCACCAUCGAUCUCGUGGACGACGUCCACUGGAACGAGCGCACAAUUCGACCCCCCAAUCAAAAUGGAGGUGACGACGUCGUCAGACGAAAGAGAUCCUCUCUGUCUGGACGAUAUUAAAUUCAGUCCUGGUGAUCAUAAUGACAGUGGACGCGAUAGGGAUCUCCUCGAUCGUCACCUCGAUUCUUUAUCGAUGUCCUCGGCGAGUUCGGCGUGUUCAGCACUGUCCUGGGACAGCUCACCUUCUCUCUCUUGCACGGCGCUCAUUCUUAAAAAAGAACCGAGUGAAGACCUUGAGGAAGAUGAGGAACAUGAGGAAAUCGAGGAGGAGGAGGACAGCGGGUGCGAAAGCGAAGGUCAGAUUCUGACGCCGCCGUCGAGUCCCGGUUCGGGUCAAGGUCAUUCCAACUCCAGUCACUCGUCGAGUGGAAGUUCGAUGCUCGAUGUGCACAACCUCAACCUUCACGGCACGGGUGGGAGGAGUGCUAUCGUCAGGGUUACCGCCGGAAACGCGCAGAGUGUUGCAAGACUGAUCUCCGUCACGGCGAACGGCUUCCCCGCGGUAGCCAGCACGCAACACGCGCACGCGGGUACAACUGCAACCACGACCACCGUAGCCAACAGGCACCACGCGAGGAGCAACGAGCACAGUCCGCCCGACACGAAACGCAGGAUACACAAAUGCCAGUUCCCCGGGUGCAAGAAGGUGUACACUAAGAGCUCGCAUCUCAAGGCCCAUCAAAGGACGCACACGGGGGAGAAACCGUACAAGUGCAGUUGGGAGGGCUGCGAAUGGCGAUUCGCGCGUUCGGAUGAAUUGACGCGCCAUUACCGCAAGCACACCGGUGCGAAGCCGUUCAAAUGUCGGCAUUGCGACCGAUGCUUCUCCCGCAGCGACCAUCUAGCUCUCCACAUGAAGAGACACGUGUAAUCAAUCGUCUCUACGAGCGGUCUCAGCCGCGCGUCACACUCCGCGGUUGGGACCGUCGAGACCUCUUCCUCGUAAAGAUCGCGGAGAUCUUCGAUAUUUGCACGCGAUCUAGCAUUUUUCGAAGUCACCUAAUAUGCUGCAAGUAGAAGGCGAUCGAUUAUCAAACGCCUAAGCUUAAUGGACAAAACAUCAAGAGAGAGAUCUACAAAAGUAGCUGUAUUAGGUAUUCGAGAUUUGCCAGACUUCAUCAUUGACAAAAGAAUCCGUUUUCGAGGAACACUUGAGGAGAUCGAUGAUCAGCGCCGUUUGGAGACAAUCGAAGAUCGAGUUUAUGUUUAAAACAAUCCACGAGAAUAAUUCGGAAGAAGGCUUGACGAGCAGAUAAUGUAUUAUAAAAUAACACUAUCGGAGUCCAAAGAAUCAUGUGUAUAACGUGUAUUUCCUCGAAGUGUCCUGAUGCGUAAGAUCAGGAGAGAAAAAAUAAUCGACGACACUUGUCUUUAAGAGCCAAAGGGAUCGCACGAAACAAAUCAUCGACCCCGCUAACUCGCGCGAAUUUGAGGAGACGGAAACAUCCAUGGUCAGCAGUGAUCCGGAAGAGAAAUCGCAGCCAAUGUAAUAUAGAGAGGAGACCUCCGAGGAAAUUGCCGAGCAAAGAAGUCGCCCGGGAAGUCUCGCACGAGAGACGUCAAUCACUGCCAAUUCGUUACAUUCUAAGAUCAGCGCUACCGUCGAAGAUUUCAAGCUGCGACUUUAGCAACCGGAGGUCUUCGAAAAGCGAGAAGCUGACUGGAGAAAGCCUAAAGUUUUCACCGAUCCUCAAUGGCGCGCGGCACGCGGGCUGAUGCUCAUUUGCGAUAAAAGAAAAAAAAGAGAAUUGUAAUGUUAAAAAAAAGA